AUGGAAGGGACGAAGGAGUUCCUAGCACCUCCAUUCGCACCAGCAUUCACACUCCAGAAGGCUCCUCGCACCUUCGCGCAACAGAGGUCAAACCCCGCCCCUACUCCCUUCUUCACUGGUCUCAUUCGAAGGCUGCGGGCUGAUGGAAGAGCACAGUUUCAACUUGUUAGAAAUCUAAAUAGAACAAGCCGUUGUGUCAAACUUGUGAUUUUGCGGAAAGCACAGGAAGACAUUCUUCGUGUAGUCGUUUCUGUUGCCCUUUAG